GUGUGGAAGGGGCGGGUGGAGUUGAACUGCGCAUGAACGGAAGUCGAUGACGGGUGAGAGGGGAAAAGCGGAAGAGGGAGUCUGGAAAUCACAAACAUGAACAAGCUGAAAUCCUCGCAGAAGGAUAAAGUUCGCCAGUUCAUGAUUUUCACGCAGUCGAACGAGAAAACAGCGCUGAAUUGCUUGGCUCAGAAUGACUGGAAACUAGAGGUGGCCACAGAUAACUUCUUCCAGAAUCCUGAACUUUACAUCCAGAAUCUGAAAGGACUGUUCGACAGGAAAAAGCUUGAGCAACUCUACAAUCGGUACAGAGAUCCUCACGAUGACAAUAAGAUCGGUAUAGAUGGCAUUCAGCAGUUCUGUGACGAUCUCGGGCUCGACCCAGCCAGUAUAAGCGUGCUCCUAAUAGCGUGGAAGUUUCGCGCCGCGACACAGUGCGAGUUCUCCAAACAAGAAUUCAUGGACGGAAUGAGCGAACAAGGAUGUGACAGCAUAGAGAAGCUUAAAGCACAGUUGCCUAAAAUGGAGCAGGAGUUAAAGGACCAAGGCAAAUUUAAAGAUUUCUAUCAGUUUACUUUCAACUUUGCAAAGAAUCCCGGACAGAAAGGCUUGGAUUUAGAAAUGGCAAUUGCCUACUGGAAUUUAGUAUUGGCAGGACGUUUCAAAUUCCUCGAGCUGUGGAACAAAUUUUUAGUGGAGCAUCACAAGAGAUCCAUACCCAAAGACACCUGGAACCUCUUGUUAGACUUCAGCACCAUGAUAACCGACGACAUGUCCAACUAUGACGAGGAAGGAGCAUGGCCGGUCCUUAUUGAUGAUUUCGUCGAGUUCGCUCGGCCAUACAUCGGGACCAAAAGCACGGCAGUCUAGGGGACUUUUAACAUCCCGCCGAAGGCCGUCCCGACCUCACGCACACCUCCGACUCGUGGAGGACAGAACUGAGAUCUACAUUGCCUUUUCCGACCCUCAGGAUCAAGACGCUCGUGUACAGCAAAGACAUUUCAGAGACGCGUCUCCUCUUCGUCAUCCAGCAGUGGUUUGGGCUUUUUUUUUUUUUUUUCUUUCUCCCCCCCAACCUCAAUUUUUCAAUUUGGAUGUGUGUGCCACGUCUGUGUCAGCUGAAUCUGGAUCAAGCUCCAGGACACCUCUUUUUUUUUUUUUCCUUCUCCUCCUUCCCAUCCUUCACCCGGGCAGGAUCAAAAUCACAAUGGACGUGCUAUCUUCAUCCUUAGCCAGGGUGGGGCUGGGGGAGGCCUCAACCUUCAUUAGUUAGUAAAUCUUAAUUUUAAUACUCCACGUUCAUUCCUGCUUUGAAUCUUUUGUCUUUUGUUUUUUUUUUUUAAAUUAAAACAGUGGAAAUGCAGAGCUUUGAUUGUAUCCUUUUUUUAAGGGACAAAACACAAGGAUCAGACACCCUGUUUUUUUUUUUUUUGUUUGUUUGUUUUUUUUAUUGUGACAUUGUAUUUUUCUGUAGCUGUUUAAUAAUUUCACUUUGCUUGUUUGGUUUUGAUUAAACGUAAUAAGUAUAUUCGGUAUGUUCUGCAAUUCUAAAGUAAUGGAGUGACUGUUUUACAUUACUUUGAUGAAUUAAACAGUAAUUUAUUGUAGAA